CACAGUCACACUAAUACUAGGGCCCCUGGUAUUAGUGUGGCUGUGUCUAUGAAUAAGUUUAGGAAAAAUAUGUAAUCUAAUCUUCCAGGGGCUACCGAACCCCUCUAAUGUUACUACUCGUUCUAUAAAGAGUGUCAUGAUUAGGGUCCACUCGAGACACUAACCUGUAUAUUAUGGUGGCCAUGAUGAACCUUCAUUUAGUAGAAGACAGUAUACAUUUGUAUAUAUAAAAUAGCACAGUAAUGACUACAAACGCCUGUAGAGUUUAUAACCUCUCCCUAGCUCAGGGAAAGCCUCUUUGUGUUCAAGGAUUUCUAACAUGACAGCCUCGGGAGGGAGUGUACUCUCCAGCAGAUAAACGAUGGCGAAGCGUUAUCAGCCAGGGGAAGGAAUGGUGGGGGACGAUGAAUUGGCCUAUGAUAAUGAACUCCAACCCCACCUCGGACACCUACAGUUUGAUAACGAAGGAUUCACACCUUUUGAUUUCAACAACCCAGAAAAUAAUGAAAAGACACUACCAUUUGACAAGGUCGAUGUUGAGCCAGAGGUCAAAUUGAAUCAAGGUCAAGGUCAGGUUGUCACCCCUAGUGUGCAAAAAAAUGGCAGUGCUAAUGAGCCAUCAGUGACCAUCAUGACAACUUCUUCAAAUCAGAAUGGGAAUGCUCAAUCUAAAAGUACUCCAGUUCAUUUUAAGAGCACUUCAGAAUCAACUGCAAAAUCGAAUGGAAGCAAUAAUGGCCGUCGCGUGAUCCAAACAGCCAAUAUUCAGGAAACAGAGAGGUGGAGAGACUUGGAGCGUCAGCGUCCCUUGCGACAACGCCAUAUCAUGUUGUUAAAGAUCUUUGGAAUUAUUGCCUGUUUUUUCUUCUUUCCAACAGGUAUACCAGCUGUGUAUUAUGCCUUUAAAACUGAAAAGGAAUUUGAUGAAGGAAUUAUGCGUGGAAAUAUUGAUGAGGCUCAGAGAUGUGCAAGAAAAUCUGAGAGAUUUAUUAUAUUCUCUGGCCUAUUGGCCAUUCUGACAGCAGUUAUUGUAUUUGCUGUGGUUGAACGGUCAUUGAUAGAUGAACAAGCCUAUUGGGAUAGCCAUAGUUCUAGUCGCGUUCUACCACCAUAAUCUCAUGAUAAAAUAUAAGGAUACAAACACGCAAUUUAGGCUUCUAGUGAACUUCAAUUUCCUCAGAGAAUCACAUUAAAACUAAAUCAAAUAAAAGAUAAAUAAUGAAAAAGACAUUUUUGUUCAAGACAAUUUUGGCAUUUUUUUUUCUUUUGUGUUAUCAAAAAUGCAUUAUUGGCCAAAUCUCAAAAAACUUUAAUUAGUUUGGCAGAAUAGAAAGUUAAAGAAUUUAAAGCUGUUUAAAGUCUUACCUUUUUUAACUGGAAAGUGGGCUAGCUGGUGUGUCUUGUCUGUGGAUCAGAUCUAUUUGAAUCUUCUGAAGUAAUGGCUUAUUUCAAUAGCUUAAUUUACUUUCAUGGGUACAUGAGAGUUAAUACAGGAAUAUACAAAUGUUUUUGAGAAAGAAGCUUUGACAUUAAUUAUACCGUAAAUCUUUAUGUAUUUGAACUAAUUUGAAGUUAAUGGAAGUGGGAACAGUUUGUAUUUCAACAGUCCAUGUUUUAACAUUGAUUACUUUAUUUUCACACACUUUUCUAUUUAUCAAGCAAAAAUAUAUGCUUAAAUAUGUUGUUGUUUUUUAUUUAGACUUAUAAGGAAGUUUGUUUUUCCGAAAUUACACAUCUUUCUUGUUUAUAUAUAUCAUUAAAAGAUUUUUAUCUGGUUAUAUUUUCAUGCCCUUCUUCCUUUUAGAUACAGUAAAAUUGGGUUUAUUUUUGAAACUGUACAAUUUGGGUUUUUUUUUUGAUACACUGAAAUUGGGUUUAUUUUUGAUACAGUUAAAUUUGAGGAUAUUUUUGAUACAGUUAAAUUCGGGGUUAUUUUUGCAUUAGUAUAUUAGUUAUUUCUUCUUUUCUGUAUCGUAAAAAUCAUCAGUACAUUUACUACAUAUUAUACAUGUAUAUACACAGUUAUUUCUGUCGGGUUUAAUUGUGUGAUAUUGUUCUCAUUUCUGCAAAUUGUUCUUUUGCACCUGUUUCAUAACUACCACAUUCAUCACAAAAUGAUUCACCUGGAGUGAAGUUUAGCAGCUGAAUGACCAUUGUGUAUUUACUGUAAGUUUCCCCAUCGUAUAUCAGGGGAGAUUAUCCUGCUGACAUUCUAAAAUGUAUUUGCAAAAAAAUUGUUAAUAUUUUUAUAAACAGGUUAAUUAUUAGUUUUUAUAUUUACGUGUAUAUAAUGCUAUUCUUAUUCAGGUACCUAAGUUAUACCUAAUUAGUCUGGUUUUGCCGUAGAUCUGAACGUUAUUAGAUAUUUCUAUGUGUGUGUAUUAUAUAUUGUACAUAUCUACUACAAUGAAAACAGAUAUGAACACAUCAUAAUAUUUAAGUCGUUAGAUGUCAGGACGAUUCUCUUAAUACAAUAAUCAUGUGACACAACUAUAUCUCUUUAAGAAGUAUUGAUAGUGAAGAAAUCACAAACAGUCCGAUGAUUGUAAUAAUUUUCACUUGCCUACUGAAUAUAUACUAUAUACUUGAUCUGAAUUAGAUAUUAUUAUGUAAAUUGAAUUAAGAACACAAGUGCUGAUUUUUUAUCCAAAUGAAUGUUAAUGAUAGCUAGAUUUGAUUAUAGCACUCCACCUAAUGUAUACCAUACAUAUCAAUGAUGUUCAAUCUGAUUGUGUGUUCUCAUAUAUGCAUUGUUUACAAUUAUUGUGUUAUAGAAAUAUUUUUAUCUUUGUUUCCUCAUGUACAUAGUGAUUUUAUGUGUAAAGUCUUUCAGAAUGUAUAUUUUUUGAAAAUAAAUCGUAUGCAACUUGGGUGAUAGAAGCUAUUGACUUUACAACAAUCAGGACGUUCCCAUCUACCACAAAUCUUUGAGGUGGGAAUUUAAUUUAAGAUCUUGAUAUGCAAAGAUAAUGCUGAACAAGUCUAUACAUUCCCUGGUCCUGAUGCUGUGUAAUGUUGUACUAUGUUUAUGAGAUAUAAAAUAGCUAUGGAAUGAAUGCAUGGACAGAUGUUGGCUGUUUAUUAAUCUAUUUGGUUAGAGGAAUAUUGUGUGAAAAAUGUAUUGUUUAAACAUUUCCAAUUGAUGCAUUUUACAAAAUAAGUUAACAUGACAAAUUAAAACAAAAGUUGUGAAAUUAAGGACCACGAUUAUUUUUAAGAUAUUUUUGUUAGAGUUAUUCCCCUUGGUUUAUAAAAUGAAGAGACGGUCUUAUUCCAAUAUCAUGUGAAGCUCUUCGGGACAGUCUGCACGUGCCAGUAGGGUGAUGAGAACACAAUCAUACCUAUCUAUCAUGCAGUAAUUUUCACAUAUUUUUAUUUGCCUCCGGAUUUCUUAUUUUCGCAAAAUGUAUCUUGAAAAUCGAAUCAACCCAUCAAUUCUGUCAUCCUAAGAAGAGUUCAGGUUCCGACAUAACUCACCGUUGUUUAUGUCAUUUGUUAUCGGCGCCUCUACUGUACCGACUGGUGUUCCGACAUGUUGAGACUUUGUGUUGGGAUAUGGUACAUGACAAAUGUGAUAGGUAUAUAUAUAUGGUGAAGGUAAAUGGUGUUGUGUACCCCAGAGAAUUUUCACUUGUCGACUGAUAUCAUAAAACAUGUACACAUAAUGUAGAUAUCAAAAUAACCAGGUAUUGCUCUUUAUUUUCUAAACUACUGGCAAAUUUGAAAAUGGCAAUGACUGAGAUGUAACUUUUGUAAAAUGAAAAUUUUAAGUAAAAACAACAAAAAAAAAAACAAGAAAACGACACUAUGGUUUUUUUUCAGUAUAUAAAGAUAAUAUACCGAUGAGAAACAUUUCUGAAAGAAACUACAGAAAUCCUAAGAGUAAAACUUUCUGAUUAAGGUCAAUAUUAGGAACUGUUUUUAUGUAUUUCUUUGUUCAUAUAACUGGUAUCUUUUAUUAGAAAUCCAUUAAAGCCAUUGAGGGAAAAA